ACAGUCGAAGAAUCCCCCGCCUUGGCAUCUCCGCAUCUGUUUGAAGAAUCUCUUCUCUUCAUAAAUAUCGUCGGUAUUUCCAACCGCCAAGAAUUAUCGACCAAGCCGCGCACUUUGUCACCAUUUGAUUUCCAAUUCUGAUCUCAGUGAUCACCUGUAGUUGAAUCUCCGCCUGGAAUUCUUAAUUGUAUUUGUUAUAUAAAGGAUCACUCGAAGAAUUGUCUUCUGGGGCUUCUUUCUUUUUCAGCUGCUGGUUCUCCAAUUUAAGUUAGUUUUGUUUGCUAGGUUGAUCAAACGAUGGAUGAUGCUCAUCAAAGCGGUGCGGAUAUAAAGUUAUCUUCUGAAGAAUUGGAUAAUCAUCAGACACGUUCUUCAGAGGAAGGGAAAGGGAAGAGAUGGUGGAAGAAGGUGAAGUACCAGCUGGUUGAGUACCACUCUUUGCCUGGUUAUUUGAGGGACAAUGACUUCGUUGUUGGCCAUUACCGGUCCGAGUGGCCGUUGAAGCAGGCCCUGCUUAGCAUCUUUUCCAUUCACAAUGAGACACUGAAUGUUUGGACGCAUUUGAUCGGGUUCUUCCUCUUCCUUUCCCUGACCAUUUACACUGCAAUGAAGGUUCCAAAGGUUGUGGAUCUUCACACUCUACAGCGUUUUCCUGAUGUGCUGAAAAAGGCUGACCUUCACAAAGUGCAUGCAGAACUCAGGACAUGCCUCCCCUCCUUGCCCAACAUGCCUGAUCUGCACGGGCUUAGGGAGGAGUUAAAGACUACAUUACCUUCAAUGGAUUAUCUUCCAUCACUCUCGGGUUGGCAUAUUAGGGAGCUCCUAUAUAAUUGUUUGCCUGAGCGAUUUUCCAGUGGCAACUAUACUGAUGUAUGCGUUUUGCAUAGCGUGAAGGAAGAAUUGGCAAACAUUCUAGCACCCUUGAUGGUGAGACCAAUUACGCGGUGGCCAUUUUUUGCAUUUUUGGGCGGGGCAAUGUUUUGCUUGCUAGCGAGCAGCACCUGCCACCUCAUCUCUUGCACCUCUGAACGCCUAUCGUACAUCAUGCUCAGGCUUGAUUAUGCUGGAAUUGCUGCCCUUAUAUCUACCUCCUUCUACCCUCCCGUCUACUACUCCUUCAUGUGCAACCCUUUCUUCUGUAACCUCUACUUGGGGUUUAUAACUCUCUUGGGAAUUACUACUGUUUUGUUUUCUCUCCUUCCAGUUUUUCAAACCCCAAAGUUCCGUACAGUCCGUGCAUGUCUAUUCUGUGGUAUGGGCUUCAGUGGGAUAGCACCAAUCAUGCACAAGCUCAUCUGGUUCUGGGGCCAACCCGAAGCUCUCCACACAUUUGGAUACGAGUUGCUGAUGGGGGCUUUCUAUGGGCUUGGAGCGCUUGUUUAUGCCACAAGGAUUCCUGAACGAUGGAUGCCGGGGAAAUUUGACAUUGCAGGGCACAGCCACCAACUAUUUCAUGUACUAGUGGUUGCCGGAGCAUACACUCAUUACCGUGCAGGGUUGGUUUAUCUCAGGUGGCGCGAUCUUCAAGGUUGUUAAUAGGAAAGCACUUUGAAGAUUGGCGUGUUGGUGAGGUCGUGUCUGUUGUUUGCAUCAUGGAUAGGUGAAGCAGAUUAUUACCGUGUAAAUGUCUGCAUCGACCCAAAUGUGGGAUUUGUUUGGUGACUUUUAGCAGAAUAAAAAUGGCAUUGAGGGAUGUUCAUCAGUAAACCUAUUAUAAAUUUGGCAUAUGAAAAUAUGGUUUUUGUCAA